AUGGGCUUACUGGGGACCCCACUCUCCCUGCUGUUCCUCCUACUUGGGGGACCCGCCUGCCUGAGCACCCAGGACCCCCUCAGCUGCCCAGAACCCAAGGAACUGGAAACAAGCAAAGUUGUCCUCCUGCCCAGUUGUCCCGGAGCCCCAGGAGGUCCUGGAGAGAAGGGGGCCCCAGGUCCUCAAGGGCAACCUGUACCCCCGGAUAACAUGGGCCCUAAGGGUGAGCCUGGGGAUCCAGCGGACCUGCUCUGGUGUCAGGAAGGCCCCAGAAACUGCCAGGAGCUGCUGAGCUCCGCAGCCACCUUGAGUGGCUGGUACCGUCUGUGCCUCCCUGAGGGCAGGAUCCUCGUCUUCUGCAACAUGGAUGCUGCAGGAGGCUGCUGGCUGGUAUUCCAGAGGUGGCAGGAUGGUUCUGUGGAUUUCUUCCGCUCUUGGACCUCCUACAAAGCAGGUUUUGGGAGCCAGGAGUCUGAAUUCUGGCUGGGGAAUGAGAACAUGCACCAGCUCACUCUCCAGGGUACCUGGGAGCUGUGGGUUGAACUGGAGGACUUUCAUGGUGACCUCACCUUUGCCCACUAUAAGACCUUCUGUCUGCUUGGGGAGGCAGAUCACUACCAGCUGGUGCUGGGCCAGUUCUCACAGGGCACAGCAGGGGACUCCCUGAGCCUCCACAAUGGGAGGCCCUUCACCACCUUUGACGCAGACCACGAUACAAGCGGGGGCAACUGUGCGGUGACUGUCCAUGGCACCUGGUGGUACACAGACUGCUAUGGAUCCAACGUCAAUGGGCGUUAUGCGGCAUCCGAGGCCGCUGCCCACAGCUACGGCAUUGACUGGGCAUCGGGCCGCGGUGUGGGCCAUCCCUACCGCAGGGUUCGGAUGAUGCUUCGCUAGGGCACCCUGUCAGCCAGCAACCUUAUCUCUCCUGUGCCGCUUCCGGACCCUCGGCCGCCCUUCCUCCUUUCCAACUACCUCGGUCCCUCUGUCCAUAUUUCAAAAUAAAAUCAC